UGUUUUGCCUUGAAAUACCUCAAUUAAUGUACGUACGCGCAAAACCGCAUCAAAACGCGUGCGUGGGCACAAAAGGGAUUACUGAUGCAAGGUUUCGUAAUCUAGAAUCUUCUUGCUAUCUAUGAAGGUUUUGAAAACUUAAAAUGACGAAAGCCCGAAAAUGAAGCGUUUGGAGAAAAGAAUAAAUGAUUUUAGUGAACGCCAUUGAUAGGAGUUUCAGGCGUUGAAAAACGUAAUCACUAUUAACACCUUUGAGCCAUCAAGCAACUAACUCCAUUUCUUAAUUAUUUGAAGGUGAAGCAAAACACGUAGUUAGAACGGCCAUUUUAAACAUACGGGAAUCGACCAGUGUGCCCAACCAGUACACACAAGGGACAAAUCACUCUAAGAAAAUCUCUUACACCUUUUGUGAAUAUCCUAUUCUUUUAACUGAAAAUCCCCAGAAAUCCUUUUGCUUUAGGCGAAAUAUCGUACGCUAUUUGCAAGAGUGAAUCGCCCCUCGAGUACACACAUAGAUCGAGAACGAAAAAAUGGCGAGUUUAGUGCAAAAUAUUCGGUUGUUGGAAACGAAAACAAAAAAAAUAAAUAUUGCUAAAAAACCUAAACAUGUUUUCUAGGAAACUUCGAAAUCACAGCUAUGAGAUUUAAUUGAGAAAAUGUCAUGGAGUGGAAAUAGCCCACGGGAAUAUGCAUCGACAGAGCAUUACAUAAUUGAGAACAACAAAGGCGUUAACAAAGAAGUGAUUCAGGUCUCAAUUGCGUUGCGUGGAUGCCGGGCAGACGCGGCAAGACGCACGUUCAAGGUCACAUCUGAGAUCACGUGCAACCAGUCACGUUCAUAACAAUACGAGCAAGCUAAAUGAGAGGCAAAGCAAUAGUCUAGUGAACAUAAUCCUGGAUGAUGGUCAACGUUUCAGAGGAUAUCGAGAAAAAGGCAGAGGCCAGUCCGUGUCAGGUCUGCUCUGCCAAGUCUAGAUUUAGGUGUUCAUCAUGUCGAAGUGUUUAUUAUUGUGGAAGAUCGCACCAGACGUUGGACUGGAAAACUCACAGGUCAGUUUGUCGGGUUCGUCAAGCCUUGGAAGAAAUCAAGAAAGCCAAGCAUCACAGAGCGGAUGUGCUUCUGAAGCGGCGGAAUUCAAAUCGUCCCAAAAGACAGCCAGCAAGCAGUGAAGUCGAUGAAGAUGCAUUUAUAGGUGGUGUUUUUCGACCGCGACACCAACCAACGUACCCAUCGCUGCAAGCGCUUGCAUUCGAUAUCAUCAAAGACUUGGCAAUAAACGGUUUCUCCGUAAUCGAUGACUUUGUGGACGCUUCAGUAAUUGAAAACGUCCGCGCGGAGAUUCAAGUGAUGAAAGAGACAGACAUGUUCCUUCCCGGCCGCCUCUGCCAGACCACACGGGUCGUUGGGACUGACGUACGCGGUGAUAUGGUGAAGUGGCUGGAUGUGAGGCACGAUUGCCCGUAUACGGCAAUUCAUUCGGUCAUUCGCAAAAUGGACAGAGUAACUCAACGAAUAAAUGCUUGGAAAAAAUUAAGCGAAUGCGAUAUAAGAAGCAGGUCACCAGUGAUGAUAGCUUAUUACCCCGAAAACAGCCCUGGCUACAAACAACACGUAGAUAACCCGUCCAACGAUGGCCGCAAGCUGACUUUCAUACUGUACAUGAACAAACAGUACGAUAAGAAACAAGACGGAGGCCAGCUUCGUAUACACAAGCGAGAUCGCGGACUCUUCUUCGAUAUCGAGCCAAUCGAUGGCCGACUAGUGAUAUUCUGGUCGGACAGCCGGACACCACAUGAAGUUCUACCCACAAACCGAGAUCGCUUGGCACUGUCAGUAUGGUACUUUGAUUUACUAGAGAGAGCAAAGACUCUAAUGAAGGAAUCUUCCUUGACAGAAGAGGACUUGUUGGGAACCCGCUUACAACCAUAAUACUUUGCAAGUUGUUACGUAUUUGCUUCUUAAGUCAAGGGUGUGCAUUCUUAUGCGAAAUCUGUUAAUAUCCCUGGAAGGAUUGCACAGAACGACAUCAGAAAAGGAAACACUGAGUUAUGUUCGAAUAGGGUUGUUCUAGAAACCGCAGAGGAAUUCGCACCCUCGAAAAAAGUAGCUUGGGUUCGCUUCUUAAUAUAAUCUAUUCUAUUAGUAGUUUGGGAAGGUUGUUGGUCUUUAAGAGUUUCAGGAAGAUAUAACUUAACUAGCAAAACAUAGGCCGGCCACGAGGGGGCAAGGCUAACCCCUGGCCGCGAAGUAAGGAUAAGACUUAAGGAUCUGCUGCAUCUAUGCUAAAUGUGAGUUAUGGUUGAUACUUUUCGUUUUCUGAGGCUGCAGCAUACGAAUCUAGGGUCUUCUGUUGAGAAACUAAAUUUCAUUGGGCAUUAUCUAGGCCACCAGAAGACAUCGUCAAUAAGCCUUCUGCUGUCCAACCCCAUUUAGGCUCGACAAAUCCCAUUUAAACCUCGUCUAAGGAAUGAAGGCUUAUUUUGAACUGAAUUCAAGAGAAAUCAGCUCAUCAUUACUAGACCUAACCAACAACCUUUUCAGAAAGCGCGAAAAAGCUAUUUUAGUCGUGAAAAGCUUAAAUUUGCUUAACUUAGAUAUAUAUAAAUAGAAAUAAUUUAUUGUAGAGAAAAUACCGCUUCUUGUACUUAAAAAAAAUGUUUAUAAAGGAAAAAUUCUAGUGUAACUAGACAUGGUUUAAGCAACUACUAUAUUUGAGUUAAGAUGCUUAAUCUUGUAAAUUUUGAAAAUUGCGUUAUUUUCAUUUGCAAUGAAGCCGUGUUAUUAAUUUCCAAAACACCCGUCUACAGCAGGUGAAGAAUUAAUAAUUUACUAAAAAGGAGGGGAAAUUACAUUAUUGCAAAAACAAAAAAACUACUUAGGAAGGGGGUAGAUCAAACAGUGGAUAUAAUACCACGCCCAUUAUCCACAGCAGCUGAGCAGCUUAAUUUUUUAAAAAAAUACUAAAAACUAAAGAAGUCCACAACUUUACUAGCUCAGGAUUCACGUUUUCAUUAUUCACUGGAGGCUUAGGCAAUGGUCAGCCAAAUCUAUAAUCGACUUAUAUUCAUCUGGUAACUUUACCACUCACAAACUAUUCUGAUAAAGAGCAGCCUGCCUCUUAAAAAGUCAGGAUUGUGCUAGUAAAGAAACAUUAUGACUUGAUGCCAACAGUAAAUAUCCCUCAAAAUUAAAAUUGAGUAUCUAGCAUUAACCUUAAAUAUUUCACUUGAUAGAUCUUUGAAAACCAGCUAUGAUACGAAAAUUCAAUCUCACAAAUCAGACAAAAAUAGGAAUAAAUUGGAAUGGGUUUUGAAGCUAAGUUACUGCUAGUAGCUAAGAAAAGUCGCAUUAAGUUUAAGCAAUACCAGGCUUUCGAAAAAACAGUAAUUCGCAACUCGAAAGACUUCGUGCAAUCAGUCUGGGAAAGUGAAUCUGUCAAAGGCAAC